AACUGGUACCAAUAAACAAAUUCCACAAAUUUUUGAGCCUAAACAAGAGUAUCUCAACAAGCCUUUAUCAUUACUUCUAAGAGCCGAAGAAAAUGAUUUAAAAACAAAUUUUAUGGAAUUUCCCGCAAACUUUUGA